CCCUGGUGGCGCAGACCUGGUAAAAUCUCUGAAUCUCAUUAUCAAAGAUGCAUGGUCAUAGAUAUCCCUUCUCUUUCAAACAAGUAUGUUUCUACAUAUAUUAAGAUCCACCUUCAAUGGUUAUUCAUAAUCCCUUUACAACUAUAAGCAGCUAAAGCCAAUAUGAGUGCUCCAUUUUUAUUCAUUUGUCUCUCUUUGGUCCUAUCUUUUUCAUUUUCAUCUUCAACACUCUAUAGGAUGAGGAAAGGCUCAUCUCUCUGCGUGGAGAAAUCUGGCGAUGUUUUGAUUUCAGCAAACCGCGUAUUCUCUGCGGGCUUUUAUCCCGUAGGCAAUAAUGCUUAUUGCUUCGGAAUAUGGUACAGUCGAGCAUUAUACGAUGGGAGUCACACUCUGGUUUGGAUGGCGAACCGUGACCAACCAGUUAAUGGAAGACUCUCAAAGCUCUCCCUACUAAAAACUGGUAAUCUUAUCUUAGAAGAUGCUGGUCAUCUCACUCUUUGGGCCACUGACACCACCUCUGCUUCUUGGGUGCAAUUGCAACUUUAUAACACUGGUAACCUUGUUCUUCAUACUUUGGAGGGUAAAAUUCUUUGGCGAAGCUUUGAUUCACCAACAGAUACUCUCCUUCCUCAACAACUACUCACCAAAGAUACCAUACUUGUUUCAUCAAAAAGCCAAAACAGUUAUUCUUCUGGUUUCUACAAGCUCUAUUUCGAUGAUGAUAACAUUCUUCAUCUUAGCUUUGAUGGUCUUGAAACAUCCAGUGUUUAUUGGCCAAAACCGUGGCUGCGACCAUGGGAAACUGGAAGGUCUGCCUACAAUAACUGUAGAACUGCAGUACUCGAUUCCUAUGGCCAUUUCAAUUCAUCCGAUGAUAUGCAGUUUUCAUCUGUGGAUUUGGGCGUGGGGUCUAAGAGAAGAUUGACUAUUGAUGCUGAUGGAAACGUUCGAUUAUACAGUAUAGAUGAGAGGAGGAGAGCUUGGAUUGUGUCAUGGCAAGCCAUCUCUAACCCAUGCAUCGUUCAUGGUGUUUGCGGAGCAAACAGUUUGUGCACUUAUGCUGCUGAAACUGGUAGGAGAUGCAAAUGCCUACCGGGACAUAAGAUGAAAAACCAUACAGAUUGGUCUUAUGGUUGUGAACCAGAUUUCAAUUUCUCUUGCAAAAAUGAUGAUGCUGUUUUCAUCAAAUUUCCUCAUGUUGAAUUCUAUGGCUAUGAUAUUGGGUUCUUCCCAAAUCAAACCUUAGAGUGGUGUGAGGAGAGGUGUUUGCAGGAUUGCAAUUGCAAAGGGAUCCAAUACAAAUUCGAUGACUUCCCAAAUAGAGGUUACUAUCUCUGUUACACCAAGGCUCAAUUGAUUAAUGGCCAGCACUCACUGGGUUUUAAAAAUCCUAUGUAUAUAAAAUUCCCCAGAGCUAAUCUUUUCUCCAAUGACAAGACCGUUCAAGAAUUCCAGUUAGAUUGCUCGCGCCAAGUUACAGCACAGCUAAACAGAACUUACAAGAAGAAGCAAGAAAAUGUCACGGUAAAGUUCAUGCUUUGGUUUGCCUGUGGAUGUGGAGGAGUUGAGAUAAUUGGUUUCUUGUUUGUUCUCUAUGUGUUGUAUAAAAACAGUGAAGGCUCAAAUGCAAUUGAAAAAGGUUACCUUCACAUCACAAUAGGAUUCAAAAGAUUCACCUAUGCUGAGCUUAAGAAGGCAUCCCUUAAUUUCAGUGUAGAAAUCGGGAGAGGAGGUAGUGGUGUUGUAUAUAAGGGCAUAUUGUCCGACAAUAGAGUUGCAGCAAUCAAGCGUCUCAGCGAAGCUAACCAAGGAGAAGUGGAAUUUCUAGCAGAAGUAAGCACAAUUGGGAGGCUUAAUCAUAUGAACUUGACAGAGACGUGGGGUUAUUGUGCGGAAGGCAAACACAGGCUUUUGGUUUAUGAGUACAUGGAGCAUGGAUCUUUAGCAGAAAACCUAACUUCCAAUAGUCUUGAUUGGAAGAAGAGGUUUGAAAUCGCGUUGGGUAUUGCGAAGGGUCUAGCUUAUUUACAUGAAGAGUGCUUGGAGUGGGUUUUACACUGUGAUGUAAAGCCUCAGAACAUACUAUUAGGCUCUAAUUACCAACCAAAAGUUGCAGAUUUUGGCCUGUCUAAACUCUUGAAUAGAGGUGGCAUUGAUAAUUCAUACUUUUCUAGGAUUAGAGGUACUAGAGGUUACAUGGCUCCUGAAUGGGUUUUUAAUUUGCCAAUCACCUCCAAAGUUGAUGUUUAUAGCUACGGGAUCGUCAUGUUGGAGAUGAUAACCGGAAGGAGCCCUGCCGGUGUCCACCCCAUGGAUGAUAAUGGGGUCAUGGAGCAGAGAAGGUUGGCCACGUGGGUGAGGGAGAAGGUGCAUGGAGCUACAGGAAAUGCACCGUGGAUUGAAGAAAUUAUAGACUGUAGCAUGGAUGGUGAAUAUGAUAAGGAUCAGAUAGAGCUUCUGGUUAAAGUGGCUCUGCAAUGUGCAGAUCAGGAAGACAGAGAUGCCAGACCCACCAUGAGUAAGGUAGUGGAGGCACUUUUGGGUCAUGAAAGUGAUGACUUUUAAAAGUCAGUCCAUGGAUCAUGCAUAUGGCAAUGUAUAGU